ACUGCUGCCAAGGCUGCACUGGGGGAUAAAGGCAGCGUGGAGGGAGCCCCCCUGCACAGGCAGCCGCAGCAGCCAGAAGAACAGCAAGCCACGGCGAUGGGGGCCCCGAUGCUGCUGAUCACCACUUUGGUGUGGGGGGUGCUCACCACAGCCAGCGAGGGCCCAGGCACCAAUGGCCAGCGCUGCCCAGAGCCUGCAAAGAUUGAGCAUGGGCACGUGGAGAACAGGUCCAUGGAGAAUGAGCAGGGGGAGCACACUGUCCACUACCACUGCAAACCCUACUACCGCCUGCGCGGCCCUGGCAAUGGCUCGUACCAGUGUAAUGAGACGGGCCUGUGGGUGAACCACGACGCUGGGGCUGAGCCGCCUGUCUGUGAGCCAGUGUGUGGGAAACCCAAGAACCCGCCGCGGCAGUUGCAGCGCAUCAUCGGUGGCCAUCUGUCCGGCAAGGGCCUGUUCCCAUGGCAGGGCCGGCUGGUGUUGCCACGCAACCUCGUGGCGGGGGCCACGCUCAUCAGUGACCGGUGGGUGCUGACCACAGCCAGGAACGUCUACCUGGGACAAAAAGCAUGCGUCAGCCCUGAGGACGUCGCCCCCACUCUGCAGCUCUUUCUGGGCUCCAAGGGACAACUGCCCGCGGGCACCGUGGAGCAUGUGGUCCUGCACCCCAGCUUCAACUCCACCAACUGCAACUCCACCUGCGGCUCCACCCCCACCUCCGUCACCGACCUGGCACUGCUCAAGCUGCAGCAGCCAGUGCUGCUGAGGCCUGAGGUGCUGCCCAUCUGCCUGGCGCACAAGGACUUCCUGGAGGUGGGGCGUGUGGGCUACGUGGCCGGCUGGGGCAGGGGCGCCACCCUGGCCUUUGCUGAGCGGCUGCGCUACAUGAUGCUGCCCGUGGCCGACACCAGCCUCUGCGCCGAGUACUACGCGGGCGGCAGCCCCCUCGGCGUGGCGCCUGACCUGGGCCCCGGCACCUUCUGUGUGGGCAUGAGCGAGCUGCGUGGGGACACCUGCCACGGGGACGCGGGCGGCGCCUUCGCCGUGCACGACCCCGACGACGACACGUGGUACGCGGCCGGCAUCCUCACCUACGACCGCACCUGCUCCGCCGCCAAGUUCAGCGUCUACACCAGCGUGCAGCACGCCCUGGCCUGGAUCCGCCAGACCAUGGCUGAAACCUGACCUCGACCAAUAAACCUCGUGCUCUGCCAGCC